AUGGAUCAGGACUUCUUCGAUCGGCCGGAGAAUACUUCAGGGGCACUGACGUCCAAGCUGUCCUCGGUACCAAACGCCCUUCUCGAACUCCUGGCGGGCAAUCUGCUGCUUAUCUUCAUCGUGCUUGUGAACGUCGUGUCAUCGAGCGUCGUUGCAAUCGCUUACGGCUGGAAGCUCGGUCUCGUGGUGGUAUUCGGCGGCCUUCCUCUGCUCCUUGGCUCAGGCUAUGCAAAGAUCAGGCUGGACCAGAAGCUCGAGAACGCAGCAGGGGAGCGCUUUGCCGAGAGUGCGGGCCUGGCAACAGAAGCAGUCACUUCUAUUCGGACCGUUGCUUCACUCACACUGGAGUCACAGAUCCUAAAGGAGUACGGGGACAUGCUCGACUUCAUCGUGCACAAGUCUACGCGCUCGUUCUUCCGCACUAUGAUAGGCUAUUCUCUCUCCCAGUCAUUGGACUUUCUUAUCAUGGCACUGGGAUUCUGGUACGGCAGUACGUUGUUGAUCUCCGGCGAAUAUACCGUCAUCCAAUUUUUCGUCGUCUUCAUCGGUGUCAUCUUCGGCGGCCAGGCAGCAGGACAGUUCUUUGGCUACUCUUCUUCCAUCACGAAAGCCAGACCCGCAGCCAAUUAUAUACUCUGGCUCCGAACACUCAAAGCACGCAUCGGAGAAGACGACUCGAACAAGUCUAUCGGGCCAUCUGGAGAUGGGCCCCUGGCGCUCGAGGACGUGGAGUUUAGAUACAAGCAGCGAGACGCCUCCCGCGUGCUGAAAGGUAUCUCGAUGGACAUCAAGCCCGGCUCGUACGCUGCUUGCGUGGGGCCAUCGGGGUGCGGCAAGACGACUGUCAUCUCGUUGCUCGAAAGGUUCUACGACCCCAUCUCCGGCCGCAUAACUCUGAAUGGCGACAACAGUGCGAAGCUGUCCCCACGACUCUACCGUGAUCACAUGUCGUUGGUACAGCAGGAACCGACACUGUACCAGGGCUCCGUGCGCGAAAACAUCGCCUUGGGAUUGCGCUACGACCCUUCUGACGAAGAGAUACUGGAAGCGUGCAAGAAGGCCAACGCAUACGACUUCGUCAUGUCGUUGCCCGAAGGUCUCAGCACGCCCUGCGGCGGUAAAGGUUUGCAGUUCAGUGGUGGGCAACGACAACGAAUAGCUAUAGCUCGAGCACUGAUCCGCAACCCACGUCUGCUCCUGCUGGAUGAAGCAACUUCAGCACUGGACACUCAGAGCGAACGGAUCGUGCAGCAGACGCUCGAUGCAGCUGCUUCCAGCAGAACGACCGUCGCUGUCGCGCAUCGACUUAGCACGAUAAAACAUGCCGACGUGAUAUUCGUGUUUGGCAACGGUCGGAUUGUGGAGAUGGGGACUCAUACGGAGCUACAAAAUCUGCGCGGGAGGUAUUACGAGAUGUGCGUUGCACAGUCGUUGGAUCGAGCAUAG